UUGUAUAUGAAAUAAAAAAAGAUAUAUUCAUGUCACGUUAAAAUCAAUACUCUUAACAAAAAAAACAAAAUAAAAAACAAAAAUUGUUUGUAGUUCAUCUGAAUUCUCAUCAUUUUUAUCCUUCAUCAUUUAUGAUUUCUCCCGUUUCGUUUUAAGUAAACAUGUCAUAAAACUCGAACCAAUCUCGAAGCUCGAAAAACCGACAUGUCGUUUCCUAAUUGAAAAAAGUGGAGGUUGUAUUUUAUUAGUUUUCGACCUUUUAUUUAUGUGUAUGAGACUCUGGGUUAGUUGGUUGAGACUUCAGUGUGGAAUUCAUCCCACCACGUUCUCCGUCUCAGACAAGCAGAAACCAUCUCUCUCUCAACAUGGUGGCCACAUCUCCUUCCUUCACGUCACCGUUUCAAUUUGCUUUUAAGUGGAAAAUGCCCCAACAAAACUCUCACACUUGUUAGAUAUCACUACACAAAGCUAUACAAGAACAUGGGAACUACUCGCAAGUGGUUCAGAACAAUCCGAAGAAAGUUAGUCGGAUCAUCCAACAGAGAUAUCGUCGUCGUCUACACCAACACUACCCCGAGCACUCACGAUGAAUCAGCCCCCCGGUACAAAAAAUUCGACGGCAUUGCUUCGUCAUCAUCGUCAUUCAUUGAUUCGUCACCUUCGGCAUUCGAAAGGAGAAUUUUCACCGAGGAAGACAUUGCAGCCAUCAGACUCCAAGCCUUUUUCAGGGGACACCUGGCCAGGCAAGCGUUUCGAGCACUGAGGAGCCUGGUGAAGCUGCAGGCGUUGGUUCGUGGGGUGUGCGUGCGGAAACAGGCACGUAUAGCUCUGUAUUGCAUGCACUCGAUGGUCCGGUUGCAGGUCAAGGUUCGUGCACGGCAGCUCCUCAGCGGGUCUACUGACGGCAGAUCCAUCGCAGGUUAAACAGUGUUUGCUGAACAAGUCUAGUGAUGUAUGAUU